CUAUUAAAACAACAGCAGGCUGAGUUCUCCACAAAAACGAUACCAAUUCCGCAGUUUGACUCAACCGACAUGGAGCUGUUCUUAGGAAAAGAGGAGGUGCCUCCUUCAAAAACACCCUUGGAAGAAAUUGAAGAAUUUGAAAAGCAAGAAAAGGAACGACUAGAAUCCCUACUAUUUGAAGCAGAAGUCUUGUUGAAAGAGUAUGAUCACAUGAAGCAUGGUCUUAAAGCCUGA